AUGGAUGUUUUCCUAGAUGUUCUCGAUACCGUGGUCCUCGAUCGGUGCUACGCCUUUCUUUCGCCAGACCCAACCGCCGUUUAUCAGAAUGAGACCAUAACUGCUAUUCACUUGAAUCGACAUGUCAACGUUUAUUACCCUUUGCAACCCUCUAAAUGGGCAGAAGCUAGCCUCUGGAAGAGAGAUGAUCUAAGCAGACAAGCAUUGUCAUUGCUCUUUGCUAUGAUAAUGUACCUUCUCGGCAGUCUCGUAUUAUAUCAUACACUAUUCGACAAAAGACUGAUGCGCCACCCGCGAUUCCUUGCACAUCAAAUCAAGCUCGAAAUCAACCAAGGCAUCUCUGCAAUUCCUGUCAUAACCCUCCUCACAAUUCCAUUCUUCCUAGCAGAGAUCAGGGGAUGGUCGAAACUAUACGAUUUCACCAGCGAGUCGCCCUUCUUUGGAUACACCUUGCUGCAAUAUCCGCUUUUUAUCUGCUUCACAGAUAGUGCGAUCUACUGGAUACAUCGUGGUUUGCAUCAUCCGCUUGUAUACAGCUGGCUUCACAAACCACACCAUAAAUGGGCUGUACCGACGCCUUUUGCUAGUUAUGCAUUUCACCCACUGGAUGGAUGGUCGCAGAGUCUUCCAUACCAUAUUUUCCCGAUGAUAUUUCCGUUGCAGAAAAGCGCUUAUCUGGGGCUUUUUGUCUUUGUUACUAUAUGGACCGUUCUGAUUCGUGAGUUUCCCUGUCCAGUCUUGUUGAUUCUGGAGAACAUAACGAAGAAAGAGAACAAAUGCUUACAUCUGACUUUUGCAGAUGACGCUGAGUACUUGCCCGGGUCGAUAAUCAUUAACGGAGCCUCUUGUCACACGAUGCACCAUCUUUAUUUCAACUACAAUUAUGGCCAAUUUACAACUGCGUGGGAUCGUCUCGGAGGAACUUAUCGCAAACCGAAAGGUGAUGCCUUCAUGGAAGGCCAAGAAAGAGAUGAGAAAGCUGCAAAGAAACUUAACUGA